CGCCGGUCCGAGCCCCUCCUCCCGUUUCCGCUGGCAGGAGCUGGGGCCGUGUCCUGCCGUACCUCCGCCGCUCCCCCAGCACUCGGCCCCAUCCGGCCCGGCCCAGGGACCGCGGGUUUGGUCUGCAACUUUUUCCUUGGUGUGCAUCCAAUUACCUCAAUCAGGAGGGACCUGCUCUCUUCAGUCUGCGACUUGUUGGCCACGUGGCUUUGGUUUGCUGCAUGCAGGACAGAAUGCCCAGCUCUGCUCCACCUGCUGAAUGCUGCUGGUUGAAAAUCGCAUCUGCUAUGGCUAAUGCUCACAAAUUUAAGAAGUGCAACAUGGCAAGAGGCUGCCUGUGUUGUUUGAAAUACAUGAUGUUCCUUUUCAAUUUAAUAUUUUGGUUAUGUGGCUGUGGUCUGCUGGGCGUGGGUAUCUGGCUGUCAGUGUCACAAGGGAACUUCGCCACAUUUUCUCCCAGCUUUCCAUCACUUUCAGCUGCCAACCUCGUCAUUGCCAUUGGCACAGUGAUCAUGGUGACCGGCUUCCUGGGCUGCCUAGGUGCUAUCAAGGAAAACAAGUGCCUCCUGUUGAGCUUUUUCGUCGUUUUGCUGAUAAUUCUCCUGGCAGAGCUGAUAUUAGUCAUUUUAUUCUUUGUUUAUAUGGACAAGGUCAGUGAGAGUGCAAAGAAGGAUUUAAAGGAAGGUAUGAAGUUAUACAAUUCAGAAAAUAAUAUUGGACUGAAAAAUGCUUGGAAUAUCAUUCAAGCAGAGAUGAAAUGCUGUGGUGUGAAUGACUAUACAGAUUGGUACCCAGUGCUGGGAGAAAACAUUGUUCCAGACCGAUGYUGUAUGGAAAACUCCCAAGACUGCGGACGGAACUCGACUGAAUCAGUGUGGAGAACGGGAUGUUAUGAGAAAGUUAUGAGCUGGUUUGAUGACAAUAAGCAUGUCCUUGGUUCGAUUGGGAUGUGCGUCCUCAUAAUGCAGAUUCUUGGCAUGGCCUUCUCUAUGACACUAUUCCAGCAGAUUCACAGGACUGGCAAAAAAUACGAUGCCUAAAGCCUCUGGAACAUUAUCACAUCAACCUUUCUGUCUCAUUAUAAAAUGAACACAAGGAAUGACUGCAA